UACUCAGUCGGUCAGGAGCAGUGAAAGAGAGCGCACAAGUCACUUGGAUAUCAACGAAACCAUUAGGAUAGGAAAGGAAAGGAAGAUCUCGCGCUUGCGCUUUUACCUGCUAAAGGAAGGUGCGCCAAGAGUACAUACACAACGACGUUUAUUUCAGCACAGUAAGCCAACAUCUGUGUGGUGCGCUUUUGUAGCCGAAAAACGCGCAGUCGCGCGUCAAUCCUACUGGGUGGGAGGCGAUCAGCUGUGAAGGGGACGAUAUACACGAGGACAUCGAGAUGUUCGUCCUGCAAAAGUCUAUAUUAUCGACCUGCGGCAGAAAUUGUGGAGGAUCAUGGGCGCGGGCGUUACCACCUUCACAUCCUGCAGCAAAGGACAUCAAACAGAGAGAUAUUCACGAAGUUUCUGGAGAUGUUGUUCCUAUAAACAUGGUCAAGGGUAUUGGACAUCUCAGAGAUCCUCGUCUUAAUAAGGGCUUGGCUUUUACACUGAAGGAGAGAAUAUCCUUGGGAAUUCAUGGUCUCCAACCGCCACGAUUUAAGACUCAAGAGGAACAAUUGGCAUUAUGCAAGGCCUCGGUUAUGAAAUAUACCGAAGAUUUGAAUCGUUAUCUUUACCUUGUCGAAUUGCAGGAAAGAAACGAAAGAUUGUUCUUUCGUUUGUUAAGUGAAAACAUCGAACAAAUGAUGCCAAUCGUUUAUACUCCAACCGUUGGAUUAGCCUGUCAGAAAUUUGGUGUGAUUUAUCGUCGACCACGUGGAUUAUUCAUAACAAUAUACGACAAAGGUCAUAUUUAUGAAAUUCUAAAUAAUUGGCCGGAACAAGCGGUACGUGCAAUUUGCGUUACCGAUGGUGAGAGAAUCUUAGGUCUGGGUGAUCUUGGAGCAUGCGGAAUGGGUAUUCCAGUUGGAAAAUUGGCACUUUAUACUGCUUUAGCUGGUAUUAAGCCACAUCAAUGCUUGCCAAUUACUAUAGACGUUGGUACUAAUAAUGAACAACUUCGUGAUGAUCCUCAUUAUAUUGGCUUGAAUAAACCGAGAAGUCGAGGCGCUGAAUACGACGAAUUGAUCGACGAAUUUAUGGCCGCAUGCGUUCAAAAAUAUGGACAGAACGUUCUCAUUCAAUUCGAGGACUUUGGAAAUCAUAACGCUUUUCGUUUUCUCGACAAAUAUCGUGACAAGUAUUGCACUUUCAACGACGACAUUCAAGGAACAGCUGCGGUAGCAGUUGCAGGUAUACUUGCAUCGAAAAGAAUAACGAAAAAGAAAAUGUCCGAGAAUAAAUUCGUCUUUCUUGGUGCCGGUGAGGCAGCAAUAGGUAUAGCUGAUCUUUGUGUGAAAGCCAUGGAAGCUGAUGGUUGUACAGAGAGUGAAGCUAGAAAUAAUAUCUGGAUGAUGGAUAUAGAUGGGUUAUUGGUAAAAAAUAGACCGGAGGGUAAUCUCGAGGGUCAUAAAAUUUGGUAUGCCAAGGAUUACAAAGUAACGAAAUCUUUGAUCGAGAUUGUGCAAGAAAUAAAGCCAACUGUAUUGAUUGGAGCCUCGGCAGCGGCUGGAGCAUUUACUCCUGAAGUUUUAAAAGAAAUGGCGAAGAACAAUGAAAGGCCAUUGAUCUUUGCCUUGAGCAAUCCAACCAGUAAAGCCGAGUGUACAGCUCAACAGGCUUACGAUUAUACCGAUGGUAGAUGUAUAUUCUCUUCUGGUUCGCCAUUUGGCGAAGUUAAACACAAUGGAAAGAUUUACAAACCUGGCCAGGGUAACAACGCUUACAUCUUCCCUGGAAUUGCAUUGGGUGUAAUAGCAACCGGUGUACAUCAUAUCACCGAGGAUUUAUUCCUUAUUUCUGCCCAAACUAUUGCCGAUCAUGUAACUGAUGAAGAUCUUGAAAUGGGUAGCUUAUAUCCACCGUUAAGCACUAUCCGAGAAUGUUCAAUCGAUAUUGCCGUUAAAAUAGCUAAUUAUGCUUAUGCAAAGAGUGGCUUGGCCAGUGAAUAUCCCGAGCCAAAGGAUAAACGACAAUUCAUCGUCAGUAAAAUGUAUGAUGCCAAUUAUGAUAGUCCACUGCCAAAUCUAUACGAUUGGCCGAUUGAUUAUGCCAGUCCUCGUGUUCUACCAGACAAAGUCACUGUAGAAAUCCGCCACGAUUUAAAACAUCUGUAGCGGAUUUCACCGGAUGUGGAUAUUUGAAGGGUAUCAUAAUAAACUUUAAGAUUUACAGUAGUAAAAUUAUUACUGUGUCAUGGUAAAAAAAGAGAGAGAGAGAGAGAGAAAGGGAGAGAGAGAGAGAGAGAGAGAAAGGAAGAGAGAGAGAGAGAGAGAGAGAGAGAGAAAGAUUGAUUUGCCAAAUUCGUCAUUCUUUUUUCUUUUUUUUUUCUUUUUUUUUUUUUUAUUUUUUUAUUUUUUUUUUUUUUUUUUGUUAAAAAGAACAGUACACAAUUUGUUCGAACGUAUUUCUAAUCAUAAGAGACGUUCUUUGUCGUGUGAUUAAACGGCAAUGUAUGUGUGCUUCUUAUAAUGAUGUAACUUGCACAAAUGAGUGAGAGUGAGACUGAAAAAAUGAGAGAGAGAGAGAGAGAGAGAGAGAGAGAGGGAGGGAGAGAGAGAGAGAGAGAGAGAGAGAGAGGGAGGGAGAGAGAGAGAGAGAGAGAGAUAGAGACGCGUUAAUGUUUCUUCAAGGAACAAAUAUUAACAAAACCAUAUAACGGGUGUCGUAGUGCGUUCUAAUAUCCUUUAUGUUCUCCUUCGUCCCAUUGACAGUAUUAGAAAAAAAAACAAAACAAAAAAAAAAGAAUAAAAAAAGAAAAAAAUAAAAAAGAGAUCGAAUUCAUUCGGUAUUUUCAAAUCGUUCUUUUUUAUUUUUUAAACUAAUUGAAAGUAAUUCGAGAAGGUACAUGGAUCGGGUGUUUGUACAUAAUAAAAAAAUUACGUCUUACAAA